UGAUUGGCCGUCUGCGUUGUGUCUUCAGGUCUGGAGAAAACCGGACGACGAUGCAUAAAUGCUACACCUUCCUGAUCUUCAUGGUCCUGCUGCUGCCGUCCCUGGGGCUCAGCAGUCUGGAUGUUUUCUUCCGCUGGCUCUUCGAUAAGAAGUUCCUGGCUGACGCCACAAUCCGAUUUGAGUGCGUCUUCCUGCCGGACAACGGAGCGUUCUUCGUGAACUACGUGAUCGCCUCGGCCUUCAUCGGGAACGCCAUGGACCUGCUCCGGAUCCCCGGACUCCUCAUGUACAUGAUCCGGCUCUGUCUCGCUCGCUCGGCCGCAGACCGCCGCAACGUCAAGAGGCACCAGGCCUACGAGUUCCAGUUCGGAGCGGCGUACGCCUGGAUGAUGAACGUCUUCACCGUGGUGAUGGCCUACAGCAUCACCUGCCCCAUCAUCGUGCCCUUCGGUCAGUCUCACCCCUACAGUACUACUACUACUACACAAUACUACUACUACACACUCUCA